UCAGUUGAUCUUUUGUAGAUUUUUUUUUUAUAGAAGAUAAUUAGUUUAUUUUAAUUUUUAAUAACAUAAUUGAAUUCUAUUCAAUAAUGUAAUAUUCUUGUUAUUUAAUAAAUACUAAUAAUAUUCUGUGUAUACUUACUAUUUUUAAAAUGUAGAAAGUACACUGGCUCUCACUUAUUGCCUAUGGUAGAAUAAUCUGUAUACCAUCGUACAUUUUGACAACGGCUUUGUCGACUAGAAUCAACACACAUGUUAGGUAAAGGAACAUACAAGAGACAAGAUUACAUUUAUUCUAGUUUGGCUGGAAUUGUGAAUGUAGAUAAUACAAACAAUAAGAUAUCUGUAGUGGAAGUUCUGAGUAAAGAUCAGACUAUUGUUCCGGCACCUGGAGACAUUGUAACAGCAAUGGUUACUACAUUAAACCAAGAUAUGUGCAAGUGUCUUAUUACAAGCGUCCGUGGACACGAGUUGAAUGAAACGUAUAGAAGUAGCCUAAGAAGACAAGACGUACGCAUGAAAGAAAUUGACAAAAUUGAUAUGUUACAGUGUUUUAGACCGGGAGAUAUAAUAUUGGCUAGAAUAUUGCCAAUGACUGAAGCUCAUACCUUUAAACUAACGACUGCUGAAAAUGAACUUGGUGUAGUUAUUGCGUGCAGUGAAUAUGGACAUCCAAUGACCCCAAUUAGUUGGACUGAAAUGAAAUGUACAAAAACAAGUGCAGUAGAAUACCGAAAAGUAGCCAAAAUUGUUCAAGACAAUGCUGAUGAAAACAUUUAAAGAUAUAAACAAUUUUUUUUUUUUUAAUAUACACAUUUUUGUGUAUGGAUGAAUUGUUUUUUUUAAGGUUCAUAUUUUGUUGUAAAAUAAAACAAAACAACUUAAAAAGAGAAAAAUUAUAACAGUAUUUAUUACAUUUUUAUUCCAACACUAUAAGAUGAAAUAAAAUAAAAAACCUAUGUCAAGAGA